AUGUUCCCCAGCCCCGGGCUCGCCCCCACGCCCUUCUCCGUCAAAGACAUCCUGAACCUGGAGCAGCAGCAGCGCAGCCUGGAGGCCACGCUGGCGCCCGCCUCCUGCAUGCUGGCCGCCUUCAAGCCCGAGGCCUACGCGGGGCCCGAGGCGGCGGCGCCCGGCCUCCCCGAGCUGCGCGCCGAGCUGGGCCCCGCACCCGCGCCCGCCAAGUGCGGGCCGGCCUUCCCCGCCGCCGCCGCCUUCUACCCGCGCGCCUACGGCGACCCCGACGCCCCCAAGGACCCCCGCGCCGACAGGAAAGAGCCGUGCCUGCAGCCGGCGGCGGCGGAGGCGGCGGACGCGGAGCGGCCCCGGGCGCGGCGGCGGCGGAAGCCCCGCGUGCUCUUCUCGCAGGCGCAGGUGUACGAGCUGGAGCGGCGCUUCAAGCAGCAGCGCUACCUGUCGGCGCCCGAGCGCGACCAGCUGGCCGGCGCGCUGAAGCUCACGUCCACGCAGGUGAAGAUCUGGUUCCAGAACCGGCGCUACAAGUGCAAGCGGCAGCGGCAGGACCAGACGCUGGAGCUGGUGGGGCUGCCGCCGCCGCCGCCGCCCGCGCGCCGCAUCGCCGUGCCCGUGCUGGUGCGCGACGGCAAGCCCUGCCUGGCGGACUCGGCGCCCUACGGCCCGGCCUACGGCGUGGGCCUCAACGCCUACGGCUACGGCGCCUACCCCGCCUGCCCCGGCUACGGCGGCGCGGCCUGCGGGCCCGGCUACGGCUGCGCGGCCGCCUACCCCGCCGCGCCCCCCGCGCCCGCCGCCGCCGGCAGCGGCUUCGUGAACUUGGGCGGCGCCGGGGACUUGAACGCGGUGCCGAGCCCCGGGGUGCCGCAGGGCAACGCGGGCGUGUCCGCGCUGCACGGCAUCCGCGCCUGGUAG